AACGCUGCGCGCCAGGCUGCGGUCUGUUGCACGCAUUUGUCUAGCAGAGCACGCAAAGGACGCCCGGAAGGAGGAGCGAAGAGAGAAGCGCGAGGGAGCCUGUCUGCCUGCCUGCCGCCGGCCGGGCCUCCUUGCUCUCCGCUUCGGGCUGCAGAGAGAGGGAGACCCGGACCCGCGGCUGCCCCGGCAACCUGCCGCGAACCUCCCGCGGUGCGCGUAGCCACGGCCCAGUCCUGCCCCUUCCUGGGGAGCGGCUUGCCUUCCUCCGCCUUCGCGGCCUCCUUUGUGUCCCGGCCACCACGCCUCCGGGCAGGUAGCGGCAUGGGCACGAAGCGCAAAGGGGGCCCGUCACCGCAGGGGCCGAGUAAGAAAGCCAAAGGGCGAGCGCCAGAGUCCGCCUCGGGUCCGCCAGCUCCCGAGCAGGAGCCAGAGGAUGACUUUGAAGAGGAAAAGCAAAAUAAGACCAAGCUUUUGUCUGGAAAAAAGAAGAGAGCUUGUGAGAGGAAUGCCCAACUCCCAUCCUGCAGAAAUUCAAGGCAGAAAGCAGCAAAAUUGAAAGUGAAAGUAGAGAAUAAUAUAGAUGUAGAAGAUAAAAGGGGGAAAUGCAGCGGUUUACAGAGCAGUCUUCUACAGGAAGAGACAUGCUCAAAAAGAGAAUAUGCCAUCAAAAAGAAACAGGAUGAGGAUGAAGAGGAAAGUGAAGAUGAAUGGGAAGAAGUGGAAGAAGUUCAUGAGCCUGAGAUAGGGAUCCUGAAAGACAUUUCUCCAGUGCCUGCCCUGCCCAACAAAAUGGUUGAGAUAGAGAUUGAGACACCAGAACAAGUGAAGAAAAGAGAGAGAAGAGAGAAAAGGCAAGCUGAGUUUGAGACGUAUCUCCGGAGGAUGAUGAAGCGCUUCAACAAAGAAGUUCAUGAAGAUACUCACAAGGUUCACUUACUGUGCUUGUUAGCAAAUGGCUUCUAUCGGAACAGAAUCUGCAACCAGCCAGAUCUCCAAGCUAUUGGCCUUUCCAUUAUCCCAGCCCAUUUUACCAAAGUGCCUCCAGAUCGUGCAGACCGCUUGUAUCUGUCAAAUCUUGUGAAAUGGUUUGUUGCAACCUUUACUGUGAACAGUGAGCUCUCUAUUAAUGAAGAAAGCUGGCAGUCCACCUUAGAGCGGCGUUUUUCUGUCUAUGCUGCACGAGAUGAUGAAGAAUUGGUGCAUAUAUUUUUACUUAUUCUGCGGUCGUUGCAACUUCUGUGCCGGCUUGUCUUGUCUUUGCAACCCAUUCCUCUGAAAAAGCAAGCAGGGAAGGGAGAGCCCCCAUCCAAGAAGCGUUCUGCCAAUAUAGUCUCUGAGGAAUUGGAGAGUUGUGCCAAAAAGCCUAGAGUUGCCCCAAGACAAUACACAGGACUAAAGGCCAAACAAAAAGCAAGCCAAGAGGACAUUUCAUCAAAGAACCUAGAAGUUGACAGAAAACCAGAUUCUCCUGAAGCCAAAAGGAAAACAAAUAAGUCUAAAGCGGGUGCUCAGAAACAAAAAGAGUCUGGUGGUAGUGAAAGCAACUUGAGGGGAAGGGAAGGGUUGGGACGGCCCAAAAAUGACCGCCAACGAAGAGUGGCCUCAAAGGUGUCUUAUAAAGAGGAGAGUGGAAGUGAUGAAAGUAGUGAUUCCGAAUUCCAUGCUUCAGAGAAUGAUGAUGAUAGCAGCAUUUCUGAUGAUGAUUUUGAAACUACUAAUAGGAAGCAUAGGCCUUCACUGGGAACUCCUAAAGCAAGAGCAGCAGUUAAGAAUAGACGAAAAUCUACACCCGCGGUGUUGAAAGAACCCAAGAAUUCAAACAAAGCUGAGCAUUCAUUGAGGAAAAACACUCUCUCAAGUUCUUCAAAUUCAUCAAAGAAAAGGAACAAAAUAAUUUCUAGUAGUGAUGAUGAAGAAGGAAGGCAAGAGCCAGUUACACGGAGAGGCACUGAUCAAUGGGUGGAGGUAUUCAUUGAAAGAGAAGACAAAUGGGUGGAUGUGAACUGUGUUCAUGGCACAGUUGGUCAGCCUUCAUUGAGCUUCAAAUAUGCCACCAAACCGGUGUGCUACAUUGUUGGCAUUGACAACGAUGGAUGUGUAAAAGAUGUGACACAAAGAUAUGAUCCAGCAUGGAUGACUUCAACUCGGAAGAGUCGUGUGGAUGCCCAGUGGUGGGAGGACACUUUGGAACCAUACAGAAGUCCAUUUGUGGAACGGGAGAGAAAAGAAGAAAAAGAGUUUUUAGUCCAGCUUCAAGACCAGCCCCUGCCAACAGCCAUUGGUGAAUACAAGAAUCACCCACUUUAUGCCUUGAAGAGGCACCUCCUUAAAUAUGAAGCCAUCUACCCUGAGUCAGCUGCUGUGCUGGGAUACUGCCGAGGGGAGGCUGUGUACUCCAGAGACUGCAUUCACACAUUGCACUCCAAGGACACAUGGCUGAAGCAAGCUCGAGUGGUGAGGCUUGGGGAAGUACCAUAUAAGAUGGUCAAAGGCUACUCCAACCAGGCAAGGAAGGCACGAAUGGUGGAACCUGCAUACCGGGACAAGAAGGACUUGGCACUUUUUGGUCUCUGGCAAACAGAGGAUUAUCAGCCCCCUCUGGCAGUGGAUGGAAAGGUUCCUCGGAAUGAAUUUGGAAAUGUGUAUCUUUUCCAGCCCAGCAUGUUACCAGUAGGCUGUGUGCAGCUAAAGCUUCCUAACCUUCACAGAGUGGCACGUAAAUUGGAUAUUGACUGUGUUUCAGCUGUUACUGGAUUUGAUUUUCAUGGUGGCUACUCACACCCAGUUACUGAAGGCUACAUAGUCUGUGAAGAAUACAGAGAGGUGCUUGUUGCAGCCUGGGAGAAUGAAGAAGCGGAGAGAGAAAAGAAAGAAAAAGAGAAGCGAGAGAAGAGAGUGUUGGGGAACUGGAAAUUGCUAGUGAAAGGAGUUCUGAUCCGAGAGAGACUGAAGGAACGCUACUCCACUAAGAAUGAGGCAGAUGUCAUGAUGGGAAAGGGGACUGGGUUCUCCUCUGAUGAAGAAGGACCAAGCUCAGAGACCCCAGUUGGGGACAUGGCUGUUUCUUGGCCCCAAAAUCGACAAGGGGAGAGAGAGAGUGGGGGAGAAAAAAGAACCAGAAAGAGUAAGAAGGAGAAGAAAGGAGAAGCAAAGCAUUUGUUCCCAUUUGAGAAGCUGUGACCAGGAGGAGAUAUUGGGCUUUUGUUGAAACCCAUUGUGCCAAGUAGACAUUUGUGGCUUCUUUCAAACUUGCCUGUCAUUUCAGGCUUAACGAAUUCCAUUGUUGUAUUUGCUGAAAAGUGGAGACUUGGACUUGAGUCAAUAUAUAAAUAGAGCAAUAUUUAAGUAGAUUGUAUGUAAAAAUACUUCAGGUGAUAAUCAGGGAUUUAAUAACAACUACAAGACUAGGCCAUAGAGCAGACUUUUCUCCACAGUGUAGCUCCAAGUGUGAAUUGUCUUGAAAUGUUUUCAAGUAGACGUAUUUAAUUCUCACCUUUUAAGAACUUAGGUUUCCCACUUUUAUAUACGGGUUAUGAGGCACAGAUACACUAGGUGAGACCAGUCUUUUUGAGAAAAAUCUCUGCGAAGUCCUUCUUCCAUUGAAUGUUCUUGUAACUUCUCAUGUAUGUUUCCCUUUCACUGUCUGUUGCUGCUCUCAUCUUUUGCUUCUGUUGUGUUCCAAAGCAGCUAUAGAAGUGCCCCAGAGGUAUCACAAUUAGCUUGAAGGUAGGGCAUGUAGAAUUCUGUGCUUGUAAAUAGGUAAGAAUUCUGACAGGUUUCAGGAUAUAGUGUUCUCACACAUUUAGGGCAGAAUCCAUUAUUAGGAAGUUUUACUACACCAGCUCCAUUGAAAUAAAAUGGCAGCUGUGUAACACUGUAGGUUUGCUCUUGUACGGUUUAUUUUUAGGUUGGUGGGGUUUGUACAGGAGCUGUUCUCAAUGAAUUAUGUCCCUAAAAGUCUUAGUAACAACCGGGUGGAUUUUUUUCUAAUGUUAAAAAGUACUGUGGGGGACCUCCUUUUUGAGAAUGUUCUGUUUUUAUCUGUUGUCAGUACUUUUCCUCUGUAUGCUCAGAUCUUAACAGGUCAUGUUGAUAACUUUAUUUAACUUAUUACAAUUCAAAUUUUAAACAUUCUGAGUUAAUGCAACCUGAAUAGGAUUUAAUUACAUAUUGACACUUGCAAUUUGCCUUUUCACACAUAAUUAACAUUGUACAAUUUCUGGUAUGCCUGUUAAGACUGUCUUGAUUUAUGUGCACUUUUACUGCAGAAAAAAUGUUCUUACUAUACCAGAAGGCUUUACAGAAGAUUUAAAUAUACAGUGUAGAUCCUGUCAUAUUUUUAAAAUAUCUGACCAUUUGGACUUUACUGCGGUUAGCUUCAGCGCUUUAAAUAUAUUCAAAAAUAUUUUUAUAUUCAGUCCUUGGCAAAAAAAAUAUUAAACACUUUAAUAAGAGCUAUUUUGUGUCGUUUCUUUCCUUUUAUUGUAUUUGUUGGAUGAAGUGCAUAAUUAACACUUUGGUGGUGGGACACCGUAUUACACUUUUAACAAUUUAGACUACAUUGUUUCAACAUGAUUGGCACAAAUAUGGCAUUAUCCAUGUAAUCAAAUAUGCUUGUGUUCCUGACAAACUGAACUGUGUCUAAAGGUUACAGCCGUAAGUUUGAAAUGCCCAGUGAGGCCUUUGGUAUCUUACCCCCACCCCCAUAGAGCAGACUGCAUUGCAGGAGAGGCCCCAAGAGAUUCCUCAUCUAGGUUGGACUCACAAAAAUGAGUAAGUCUCUAUUACAGUGUGGAGAAGUCUGCAAAUCCUUCCUGUGCUGGCACUAUCUCAGGUUCAGGAAGUGGAAUGGAACUGGUACGGAAAGGAGCUGUACAGAAAACUCCUCCUCCAGUGCCAGUGGUUUCUGUGGUUGCCCAGUCCAGCAGGAGUUGCUCAAAUACUAUCUGAUUAUGCACUGAGUUGACUCUGAGCCCUUUCGCACUUAAGUUUAAAAGCAAUGGAUCUGAGCAGCCAGCCCUAUAGCCUUCACACUGGCUUGGAACCGCCCCUUUUUACAUUCUCUGCUCCUGAUUCAGUCUCACGUUCUCUGCUGCAUUUUAUAUUCACUUGUUCUACUGCGAGCUUUGUGGGCUACUGAAUACAAGUCACUUUUUAAGUAUGAGCAUGUGUGGUAAGACUAAGAAUCUCCACUCUCUCUGUGCUGCUAUUUCAAACCCUGACUGUUGAAAGUGUGAGCCUUUUUACUUGGAAGACAGCACAAGAGCAGCUGCACUGAGA